AUGAUGCAAUCAGAGAGAAUUCUACCCUCCUGGGAAACCUUUGACGUCCCAUGCUCAAAUCUUGAUCAAUCGAGACUUUAUGAUCCACCUAUGGAUUUUCUCAUGUGGGAUAAUCUAGAUUUUUCCUCUUCACCUGAAGAAUUAUCUGUUAUUUCUUCAAACUCAAAUGUUCCAACCAUGUUUUCUGAUGAGUUAUUUGAUCUUCCAAAUUUGAGCGAUGAUAUUUUCAUCCCUUCACCCAUGGAGGGAUUGGAGACUAUUUCCAGUGGAGAAAUCGCAGACAUCUGUGGGUGGACAAAUGAAAGUGAUUAUGAAGCAAAUUUUAUAAAUCCUGUCCCCACAAAUGGAGAAGAAUACAGUCCUGGUUUUUCACUGGAAUCCAGUGAGGAUUCAGUGGUGUUUCCAUUGACGAAUGGGUCUAAUACGUUGCCAGGAGACAUGGAAAUGGACAAUGAAACGAGUCUCCAUCACCUGAUAAAGGCCUAUGGAGAGGCCACAGAGAAUGGACAGCAGGAGCUUGCCCGGGUGAUUGUUAACUCUAUAGAGGAGAAGAGCAAUCCCCUCGGAAAGACAAUGGAAAGGAUAGCUUUCUAUUUAUUCCAGUUGAAACAGAAUCAAGGCGAUUAUCUGAGACAAGAAUCACUCAGGAAUUUUACAGCUGCGUUCAAGGCGUUCUACCAAGGUCUUCCGUAUGGGAGAUUAGCUCAUUUUGUUGCCAACUCGGCGAUUCUAGAAGCUAUGCCAGAUGAUGCAGAAACAAUUCACAUAGUUGACUUUGAUAUUGGAGAAGCGAUACAAUGGCCUCCAGUUAUUGAGGCCAUAAGUCAAAUGCAUAAGGCGCUAAAAUUUACAUUGAUAAAAUCAGAUGAUGAAUGCAGUUCUCCUUGUUGGGACAUUGAGGAAACGAAACAACGGCUCCAAGAUCAUGCAAGAGAACUUGGUCUGAAACUACAAAUUGACGAAAAGAGUGUUUCAGAUCUAGCAAGUGAAAUAACCAGGACGAAGAAAAGAGGACAAGCCAGAGAGUGUUCAUUCUUGGACAAACUAUUGAAGCAUUAUCAAGCCCUAUUCGAAUCAUUAGAACUGAGUUUCCCAGUUCAUCUAGCUGAUGCCAGAACAGCCUUGGAGAGUCUUUUUCUAGUACCUUAUAUGAGUUCCCUUCAUUGGUUUCUAGACUUGGAGAAAUUGAUGGAAAAUUCUGAUCUUCAAUCAGAAACCGGAUUGGAGGGCCGAAAACUGAGCAAACAAAGCAUAAUCGAAGCUAAGCAGAUUGUGAACGAAAGAGAGAACACAUACAAGGUGAAGAUCGAAGGACACAGAGAACAUGAGAUGGUGUUGGAAUGGAAGGGCACUCCACUAGUAAGAGUUUCCACUUGGAUGUGA